AUGUUUGAGUCCUCUACCACCAAUGCUCUCUUGUGGAGGUGCAAAGCUUGUAGCAAAGAAGUUACUAACAGAUGGCAUCAUUUUCACUCCCAUACGACGCAGAGAUCAUUUUGUCCAUACUGCCCAGCUACAUACAGUCGCAUAGACACUUUAAGAAGUCACGUCAGGUCGAAGCAUACUAUGUAUUUACUUAAUUCUGUUAAACCUGUUGUAUGA